AUGGUAGAAGAAGCUCCAGCACCGGCCAGCUCGGCCCCCGCCAAGGCUCCUAAAAAGAAGACCGCGGCCAAACCCAAGAAAGCGGGUCCCAGCGUCGGCGAGCUGAUCGUCAAAGCUGUUUCCGCUUCCAAGGAGAGGAGCGGCGUGUCCCUGGCCGCCCUGAAGAAAGCUCUGUCUGCAGGUGGAUACGACGUGGAGAAGAACAACUCCCGCGUCAAACUCGCCGUCAAAAGCCUGGUGACCAAGGACAUCCUGGUGCAGACCAAGGGCACCGGCGCCUCAGGAUCUUUCAAGCUCAACAAGAAGCAGACCGAGGCGAAGAAACCCGCGGCCAAAAAAGCCGCCGCUCCUAAAGUGAAAAAGGCCGCAAAGAAACCCGCCGCUGCAAAGAAGCCCAAGAAGGUAACAGCCAAGAAGCCCGCCGCUAAGAAGUCCCCCAAGAAGGCCAAGAAACCCGCUGCUGCCGCUAAGAAAACCACCAAGAGCCCUAAGAAGCCGGCGACCCCCAAGAAGGCAGCCAAGAGUCCUAAAAAAGCCAAGGCAGCCAAACCCAAGACCGCUAAGCCCAAAGCGGCCAAGGCCAAAAAAGCUGCACCCAAGAAGAAGUAAACAUGUUCCUGUUUUAUUACCUUCAUUUUCUUAAAACGGCUCUUUUAAGAGCCACCUAUAUCUUCCCAUAAAGAGUCGCAAACACAUACAUACAUAUAAGCAUGCAU